AGUGAUCGGGAGCAUCCGACGUGGCGGAAUUAUGAUCAGAUAACAGAAAGAGAAGAGAACGAAGGAAGGAAGUUGGUCCGUGAUCCUCUCUGCUCUCUCUACUCUCCGCUGACAAGAUGAAAAUGGCACUGCUGAAGCUAUGGAGACCCACACCCACGCCUGGCACUGCACAACUGUCUUGGCGCUGCUCUGGGGCACCCACAACGCUGGCCUUCACUGCUACCAAUUGGAAUUCGAAUUAUGGGGGAAAGGGAAGGGGAAGGGUAAGGGGAGGAGUGAGAGUGAAAUGCAGCGGAGGCGUGAAUGUUGGGCCAGGAACCCCUGUUAGGCCCACCAGCAUACUGGUUGUUGGGGCUACAGGAACCCUUGGAAGGCAGAUUGUGAGGCGUGCACUGGACGAAGGCUACGACGUCAGGUGCCUCGUUAGGCCCAGGCCUGCUCCUGCCGACUUCCUUCGCGAUUGGGGAGCCACCGUUGUUAAUGCUGACCUCAGUAAACCAGACACCAUUCCCUCCACCUUGGUCGGCAUUCAUACCGUCAUUGACUGCGCCACAGGCCGUCCCGAGGAGCCCAUCAAAACCGUGGACUGGGAAGGGAAAGUGGCUCUUAUACAGUGCGCUAAAGCAAUGGGAAUUCAGAAAUACGUGUUCUAUUCCAUCCACAACUGCGACAAGCAUCCCGAGGUUCCCCUCAUGGAGAUCAAGCAUUGCACUGAGAAGUUCCUCCGAGAUUCUGCCCUCAAUCACAUUGUUAUCCGCUUGUGCGGUUUCAUGCAAGGUCUUAUUGGGCAGUAUGCAGUUCCUAUCCUGGAAGAAAAAUCUGUCUGGGGAACGGACGCCCCCACCAGAAUUGCUUACAUGGAUACUCAGGAUAUAGCUCGCUUGACAUUUGUAGCCUUACGAAAUGAGAAAUUAAAUGGUAAACUUCUUACAUUUGCCGGUCCUCGUGCCUGGACAACCCAAGAGGUGAUAACCUUGUGCGAGAGGCUUGCAGGCCAAGACGCCAAUGUAACUACAGUUCCAGUCUCUAUAUUAAGACUCACUCGUCAGUUGACGCGCUUUUUUGAGUGGACAAAUGAUGUUGCUGACAGAUUGGCAUUUUCGGAGGUCCUUACUAGCGAUACUGUUUUUUCUGUUCCGAUGGCGGAGACAUACAAUCUUCUUGGGGUGGAUUCGAAAGAUAUAAUUACACUAGAGAAAUAUUUGCAGGAUUACUUCACAAACAUAUUAAAGAAAUUGAAGGAUCUGAAAGCCCAGUCAAAGCAAACGGAUAUUUACCUCUGAGAGAUUAUUUGUAAUUGAAAACGAGGUGACAAUGUAGAUAUCUAGAAAUUUAAUUGAGAUGCUCUGGCAACGUAUAUUUAUUUUAAUUUUUUUUGUAAUUCUGUUAUUUAAAUCACUAAAAAUUAAUAUUGUAUGUGAUAUUAUGUAUAUAUAUUUUUUUUUAUGUAUGCAGUUCAAAAAUACAUUAAAAAUAUAAAAGGAGAUCAAUUGCAAUAG